UUAUCAUCGUUGUUCAUAUCUCGAAAAAUCCUUUAAAAAACAAACCAUCGAACGUUCUUUUCUUAUUUUUUUCAUUAACUGAUAAUCAAUUAUCCAUUUGGAGAACCUAUUUUUGCUCUAUUGAAUUUAUUUGGAGUUUUAUUGUAUGGAGAAGCGACGGGGAAGACCAAAGGCCGGAACUUCUCAGGCGGCCAUUGACAUUAGAAAGUUAAAUCGAGACAUUUGGCGCUCCAAACACAGUCGAAUCUGGCUUUCGACAAGAAUACAUAAUAGUUGGAAAGAAAUUAAAGCCGGAGGAACUUUCGAAAAUGAUUCAAGUUUUGCGAGCCAUCUACUUUCGCUUGAAAUGCAGAGACGCGAACGAUCUGGUAACCUCAACUCCCCAGAAACGGACAUUAUUCUCCUCGGCAGAAGAUGUGGUGCCUUUUUCGCCGAUAAGUGUGCAGCAAAAUGAUAGUGUUGUUGAUGUAACUGGUUCCAGCACAAACCAGCAAGAGUGCACAGCUGUGAUGGUUGACACUGAAAGUGUGGUGGAUGUAACUGGGACUUCUUCAGUGGGAAGGAAUGACUGCACUAUUGUAAAUGGUUCUGUGGUGAUCCCACCAGAUACCACAUUUCAGUCAGAUGACUCGGAUAGCGAGGAUAUUCCAUUACAUGAGGAUACUCACAGCAUAGGAGAUUAUUUAUCACUACUGGGCAACGAAAGUGACAGCGAAGGGAGUACAAGCUCUGACUCAAGUGAUAGUGAAGAAGAUGAAAAUGAAGAUGAAACUGAUAAUUCCAGUGUUGCAAGUGAUGAUGAUAUUUCAAGGUAAUUACGUAAAAUCCAAUGAAAUGUUUUUAAG